AUGGAUGAAAAGUCCAUCAACAAUUCUAAAUUUCCUCCAGGAAUAAGAUUUCAUCCAUCUGAUGAAGAACUAAUUAUUUAUUACUUGCAGAUGAAAGUAAAGUCUCUUCCACUUCCAGCAAACCUGAUGACUGAUAUAGAGCUUUAUAAGUAUAACCCUUGGGAGCUACCCAAGAAGGCUGUGUUUGGAGAAGAUGAAUGGUUCUUCUUCACCCCAAGGGAUAGGAAGUACCCAAACGGGGGAAGACCAAACAGAACAGCAGCUUCAGGUUUCUGGAAGGCUACUGGCACCGAUAAGCCCAUUGCUGGUUCUUCUGGAUCAGGACGGAUAGGGGUUAAGAAAGAUCUUAUCUUCUAUAAAGGUAAAACACCAAAGGGGGUCAAGACAGAUUGGAUCAUGACUGAGUACAGACUGCCUGACACGACGUCUAGACCGUUAAGGUCUAAAGGUUCCAUGAGACUGGAUGACUGGGUAUUGUGCCGUGUUCGACAAAAAGGCAACAAGUCAAAGAAUGCAUGGGAGGUUCAACAUAAUUCUGGUGAACUUAUGGAGUACCUUCCUAGGUUUGAGGAACUCCCUUCAGUUUAUAAUGAUGAUGGCAGAGACACGAUUCCAGAUUAUUUUUUAUCAAAUGGCUGUCACCUAUUAGCUACCUUACUCAAUGGACAUGACCCGAAAAUUGAAACUAUUCCUAGAGCAACCUUUCAAAACAAUGAUAGUGAAACAAUUAAUCGUCACAGGCUCGGGACAGUUAAUACUCGGGAAACAAAUUCUUUGUUUCAGAGUUUCUUCAAUUCAUUACCUGGCCAACCUAACAGGGAGAAUUGGGGUCUGGAUUUUCAGAUACUUACAGAGAUGAUAUCUAAUGAACACAAAGAUGAGGACCUUCUAUCAGGAAACAUGGUAGCUGCAGGAGAUACAAACUUAUACAUCCAACAUAUGUAUGAAAGAGACAAUAUCAACUAUAAUCCAUCAAAUGUCGUCAUGAACUUGCAGCAUCUUGAUAUGCCAACAUUAUCCGAAAAAAAUUUCAGUGACUGA